AUGCAAAUAAUCGCAAUUAAUUGGAAAAAGUGCAUCACAAUGAAUCCGCUUGACAACCCUUCUUUUCUCAUCACGGAGCGAGUUCACAAACGGAAAAGGAAGCAGAAGAAGCAGGAGAGACAAUCGAAUGAGUCAAAUGAGCACCUGUGGGAGGAGUCUACAUAUUGGCUAAAAAUUUUUCAGAAAAAUGGAGAACGUGAAAAAGAACAGUGCAUGGGCAAUUCCUCUGUAGAAAUAAAACACCCAGACAUACUUCAGUUUAAAAACAUCCGAAUGAAUAGCUACAUAAUCAAUGGAACUAUGAAAUUAGACAAGUACAAAUGCCCAGAACUCACGAAAAAUACGUGUAUAAUUAAAGCAAAUGAAACAUAUAUAGGAAAUUUUAAAGGCAGAAAAAUAGAUGGCUAUGGAAAAAUAAUUUCAGACAAAUUUUUAUAUCAAGGGCAUAUAAAAAAUUGGGAAAGAAACGGAAAGGGGAGUAGCACUUUCUUUUUCACCAAAUGUUCACAUUAUGAUGAUGAUUAUAUUGACCAGGUCAGAGAAAUCAGAUACAAUGGCAUGUGGGUAAGGAACAAGCGUAAUGGAUAUGGAGUUUUGUCAAUAAGAUUCAAUUCACAAAGGUGUCAUUUACCAACAUAUGAAGGAUGGUGGGUACAAGACAAAAGACAUUUCUAUGGGGUUCAAUAUUAUACAAAUUCUGCUUACUAUGGAUUCUGGGAAAAGAACAAAAAAUGUGGAUUCGGAAAAAUGUUCUGGUUCAGAAAAGACACGAAUGAGAUGAGAAAGAUAAGACGGAUUAUAACUCAUGUUGCAGGAGGAAAAAGGAUAUGCAGUGAAAAUAGAGAUUCCAGAAAUUACAUUUUGGUUGAUAAGAAAAUUCUGAAUGAAUACAUUGGAGAGUGGAAAAACGAUGAGAUGCAUGGAUAUGGAACAUAUAUCUGGUUUUCCACUGAAGAGAGAAAAAGGAAAACGAUUCAUGAAAAUGAAGAUUGCGAUAAAUAUUCCGGAUAUUGGGAAAGGGGAGAAAAAAACGGGUUCGGUGUUUUCUAUUUUAGAUGUGGUGAUAAAUAUGUGGGAACAUGGAAAAAUGAUAAAAAACAUGGGUUACUAUACAGAAUAAAAUCAAAUGGUAUAAUUUUAAAAUGUAUGUAUCAGAAUGAUGAAGUUAUAUCAGAGCAAGAACUUAACAAGACGUUCAAAAUUAAUCACAUGUACACGAAUUCUUUGUGUAAUGUUAUUAACCUGGGGAUUCUAAAAACUUCCUAUAGCCUUACAAAUAAGGAGAUUGAACAUUUUUACAAAAUUGUGUAUGACCAUUUUAAAUUUCUUGUAAACAUUUAUGACCUCUACAGACGAAAAGGGAGGAAAAAAAGGUAUAUCCAUGUGGGAAGUACAAGUAGAAAAAAAAAAAUCCAUGAUGGUGUUGAGGAUAACAACACAAAUGUAGAUAGCUUCAAAUUGAAAAAUCUCUGGAAUAUGUUUUACGAUGCGAAUAUUAUAAAUAACAACUUUACUUUGAGUUCUCUGAAUAAGCUUGUAAGUGAUGAUACAUCUAUUUUUCAGGAAAAUGUCUUUUCUAAUUUGUUUUUCCAGAAUUAUAUCUGUGUAGAUAAUUUCACCCUAAGUGAAAAAGAAAUGGUAAAAACUUUUUUCAAAUCAAGUAAUUUUUUAAAUGAACAUUUUUUUUUUAAAUUAUCACCUGAUGUGAAAGAAAGCAAAUGGAGCAGAAUGUACAAUAUCAUUCAUUAUAUAUCCGAAGGUAGUCAUAACAAAAAUAUAAAAAAAAACGAUGAAACGGAACAUGUUAAAUUAUUUCAUACUAGACAUAAUAUCAGUGGAAAUGUAGAUGAAAAAAAUUAUGCACAUGAUCAGAAGGUUUGUACUUUUGAUGAAGUAGCUACUUCUACGUGUUCUUUAUCUAAAGAUACACAUAAUCUCAUGAUGCAUAUAAUUUUCAACAAAAGUUUAGUACUACUAAAUAAUUUUGCGAAAUUUUACAAAUACUACUGGAUGAAACAAUCAUGUUGCCAUAUGAAGGACAUAAAAUUUAUUUUAAAAAAAAUUCUUCUUUUUCUGUCUAGAAAUAAAGAAAAAAAAGGUAAUAGUUAUCUUUACUAUGUCUUGUUUAGUCUCUUCCUUUCUUCCAUCCCGAUGUUAUAUGUUUUCUAUCGUAUGAACAAGAUGUGGGGAGUUCCACAUCGUACACCUUCCACAAAGGGUAAGGAGAAUCUCAGUAGUGCAGAUGUUGAUGCAAAGCUGAUGAAUCCAGAUUCGGAAAAUGAGUUGAAUGCUCUCAAGGAAGAGAAAUUAUUUAGCCCAGAAGAGGAGGAAACCACCUGUGGCACCACCCCAAGUAAUUGUUGUAGUAGGACCCAGUUGAAUAAACUCAUCACACUAUUAACCUUAAACAGAUAUAACAUACACGAUGAGAAACGAAAAAUUCCUUUUAACUGUUUUGUACGUACACUAGUCAGUGUAUCAUUACAUAUGCAUAGUUCUGGAAGCAAAGGUCAAACAUUAGUUAUCUUAUUCAAAAAGUUAAAAAGAUAUUUAUGGGAUGAGGACGAGGAGAAACCCGGGCUACGCACGCAUAAUAUCAAAAAUGCUCCAAAUAAAAGUAAAAUAAAAAAUAAAUGGUUUUAUAACAGAGAAAUGGUGAAACACUCUUCUCAAAAUUGUGAUAAAAACAGAGAGGACAAUAAAAAUACAACAAAUGAGAAGAACGUCAGUAAGACUAGUGAAAUGCAUCAUCACCAUCACUUUAUAAUCCCAUCUGUGGUUGACAAAAGAGAAAUGAGAAAAAAUCGCCAAGAAGAAAAGAAUUUCAAUAAAAAGAAAAAAAAAAACAUAGCGGAGAAUAAUUACCCCAACUGUGCCAUAUGCUUCUACGAUUAUGUCACAUCAAACAGAUUGAAUAAAAAAAAUAAAAUAAAGUGCCAUUCUACUGUCAAAGAGAAAAGCAGAAACAGUGGGAGAAGCAAAUUUACAAGCGUGGAACAAGGCUACAAGGAACUAACAAACAUACUAAAGAACUAUGUCUACUACUUCAUUUUUUACUUUUUAGUGUUUAAAUCAAGGGGAAAAAAGUUUUCACUCUUCAGCACAAAAUUAAAUAUGUCCAUACAGUUAAGGGAUGUGCUAAAAUUUCUUUUUAAGUUGAGGUUGACGAAAAGGGAUAAAACAAUGAGGACGAAGUUAACGAGUAUCAAUUUGGCUUCGUACCAUUGCAAUCACUACUACGACUAUAAAUACCACUACGACUAUCACUACCACGACAAUCAGUGCAACUAUAAAGCCCGCAGGAGAUGGUGGAAAAUGAAGUCGGAAAAGUGGAAAUACAUAAACAUCCUGACUUGUGCAGGUAAAAAUAAAGAAAGCGUUUCGGAUAAUGUCAGCACAUGCAUGGAAAACUCACUUAGGGAAACAACCCAAAAAAAGGAAGAAAAAACAAAAGGAGAAACGGUGGAAAGUAAUAAUAACUCUUCAAAUGAGGUAUACAUAAAAUCUAAACUCGAAAACAAAAAUGCUGAAGGGAAAAAAAAUUACAUAAACAAUGAUAAUCAUAUUGCACACACAGCUAGCCAUUUUAUGCGCACAUACAAAAAAAAAAAAAAAAAAAAAAAAAAAAUUAAUCGUAUGAACAGAUCAGGCAAAAAAGAUAAUAAAAAGAAAAAGGUUUUAAAAAAAUUCUCACAAAUGUUCUGUUUACCAUUCUUUGAAGUUUUAUCGAUCUUUUCCAAAACGCUGAACACUCUAAAUCUGCAUUUAAUAAAUGAGCCCCCUUCUACUCAACCGUGUCUAGUCCAACAAAAGAAAAGAAAAAAAAUUGACAAAUGUCGCUUAAAAAAUCAUAGGAUACGGUAUAUAAUGAUAUUAAAAAGGGGGAAAAAAAGUUUUCUGGUAAACUUUUUCAAAUGCACGAAACGGAAAGCUUGCAAUCACCAACGUUUAGUUAAAAGGAAAAAAAAGGGAGAAAGAAAAUACCCCUUACCUGUUCAUACAAAUGAGAACGAGAACGAGAACGAGAAGAACAAGAAGAAGAACAAAAUAUUACAAGAACUUAAUGAAAAACUGAAACAACUGGAACUAGAAAAUUCUGAACAAGUCAGAACAAAUUCUUCCACUUCCACUUGUGUGCAAUUUGAAAAAAAAAAAAAAAAAAACACUAAUGAGGAUGGAAAAAAUGGAAACUGCAUAAAGCAAAUCCUUUCGGACGUAGAGGAACACAACGAAUUAGUGCAACAGAAAAGGGGAGAUUCUCACAUAUACAUAAAACGAAGGAGUGAAAUUAAAAUUGCAUUAUCUCGACUGAGAAGAAAAUAUGUUCAUGCCCGGAAGAAUUACAUGAGUUUUCUCGAUUAUUACAACAUUUACAUUACCCCCUAUGAACUUGUUUUGUUUUUUUUAAAAUUUGUUUACGUGACAAAAUGGAAAAGGGGAAUCACAAGUUCGUACAAUGACAUGUUAUUUUUUUUUAUCUUUCAUGUUUUGAUUCACAGGACGUUCAGGCUGGCACUGCGAACGUCUUCUCAUGGGGGGAAUUCCAUUCGGAAAAAAACAAAAGUGAUGAAAGGGACUGAAAAGGACUAA